AUGGCGGGUCAGCAAUCGCAGUCGCUUCACCCGCCCCGUCUGGCGCACACCUUCGUCACGUCUCCGAGUGCACCUGGCACACCGGUGCACUCCAUCCAGACGAUGCGCAGGAAAUCAGCAGGCCACAGCGGCCCGCUCACCAAGAUCCUUGUCGCCAACCGAGGCGAAAUUGCCAUCCGUGUCUUCCGCACAUCGCAUGAGCUUGCGAUGCACACUGUCGCAAUUUACUCCUACGAGGAUCGCCUUUCAGCUCACCGGCAGAAGGCCGAUGAAGCCUACCAAGUCGGCAAGGGCCUAACCCCAGUUGCUGCAUACCUUGCCCAGGAUGACAUCAUCCGGAUCGCUCUCGAGCACGGCGUGGAUAUGAUUCACCCUGGUUACGGUUUCCUGGCCGAGAACGCAGAGUUCGCUCGCAAGGUCGAGCAAGCUGGAAUUGCGUUCGUUGGCCCUUCACCAGAGGUCAUCGAUGGACUCGGUGACAAGACCAAGGCCCGCACAACCGCCAUGAAGGUUGGUGUCCCCGUUGUCCCCGGAACCCCCGGGCCAGUCGACACUUAUCAGGACGGCGAUGCUUUCAUCAAAGAAUACGGUUUCCCAGUCAUCAUUAAGGCCGCUAUGGGCGGUGGAGGUCGCGGUAUGCGUGUUGUGCGCGAACAGUCUGAUUUCAAGGACGCUUUCGAGCGAGCUGUCAGCGAGGCUAAAUCGGCUUUCGGCGAUGGCACUGUCUUCAUUGAGCGUUUCCUUGAACGCCCACGCCACAUUGAGGUCCAGAUUCUUGCUGAUGCCGCCGGAAACACUAUCCAUCUCUUCGAACGCGAUUGCUCCGUGCAGCGUAGACAUCAGAAGGUCGUGGAGGUUGCUCCCGCUACUCACCUCCCUGAGGAGCUCCGUCAGGCUAUCCUGGCUGAUGCCAUUAAGCUUGCCAAGAGUGUGGGUUACCGCAAUGCCGGCACAGCCGAAUUCUUGGUUGACCAAAUGGGCCGCCACUACUUUAUUGAAAUCAACCCUCGUAUUCAAGUUGAACACACCAUUACUGAGGAGAUCACUGGCAUAGAUAUUGUCGCUGCCCAGAUCCAGAUUGCUGCCGGAGCCACUCUCCCUCAGCUUGGUCUGACCCAGGAGGCCAUUACCCGCAGAGGCUUUGCCAUCCAGUGCCGUGUUACCACCGAGGAUCCUGCUCAGAACUUCCAGCCAGACACCGGUAAAAUUGAGGUUUACCGCAGUGCUGGUGGAAACGGUGUCCGUCUCGACGCUUCCUCGGGCUUCGCGGGUGCUCAGAUUACCCCCCACUAUGACAGUUUGCUCGUCAAAGUGUCAGUGAGCGGGACGACUUAUGAGGUUGCUCGUAGAAAAAUGCUUCGUGCUCUUGUUGAGUUCCGUAUCCGUGGUGUCAAGACCAACAUACCCUUCCUGUUCCGCCUUUUGACCCACGACGUCUUCAUUGGAGGCAAAACCUGGACAACUUUCAUCGACGACACUCCCGAGCUUUUCAAGCUUGUCCAGAGUCAAAACCGUGCCCAAAAAUUCCUUGCUUACCUUGGCGACCUUGCCGUCAACGGUAGUUCCAUCAAGGGACAGACUGGCGAACCUGGUCUUAAGGAUGACAUUGUUAUCCCCAAUUUCCAGAACCGUGAUGAUCCCCAAAGUCUCACACCCUUAGAUCCGUCUGUUCCAUGCCAGACCGGCUGGCGCAACAUCAUCGUUGAGAAAGGCCCGGAGGCCUUCGCCAAGGCCGUUCGCGAGUACCCGGGUACACUGAUCAUGGACACCACAUGGCGCGAUGCCCACCAGUCUCUUCUUGCUACCCGUCUGAGGACCAUCGACAUGGUCAACAUCGCCAAGGAGACGAGCUGGGCUCUUCAGAACGCGUUCAGUCUUGAGAUGUGGGGCGGUGCGACUUUCGACGUCGCCAUGCGCUUCUUAUACGAAGACCCUUGGGAACGUCUACGUACCCUGCGCAAGCUCGUCCCCAACAUUCCCUUUCAGGCUCUCGUUCGUGGUGCCAACGGUGUCGGGUACACUAGCUACCCCGACAACGCCAUCUACGACUUCUCUAAGAAGGCUGUCGAGAACGGUCUGGACAUUUUCCGUGUCUUCGACUCCCUUAACUACUUCGAAAAUAUGCAACUCGGUAUCGAUGCUGCCAAGAAGGCUGGUGGUGUCGUGGAGGCCGUCGUCUGUUACAGCGGUGAUGUCGCCAACCCCAAGGAGGAUAAGUAUACCCUGCAGUAUUACUUAGACUUCAUCGACAAGCUCGUCAAAGAAGGCGUCCAUAUCCUUGGAGUCAAGGACAUGGCUGGUCUCCUGAAGCCUGAAGCCGCCAAAAUUCUUAUCGGUGCUAUCAGGGAGAAGUAUCCUGAUAUCCCCAUUCACGUCCACUCUCAUGACACUGCUGGCAUUGCCGCUGCCAGUAUGAUCGCUGCCGCCGCCGCAGGCGCAGACAUCGUCGACGUUGCCAUUGACAGUAUGUCUGGUUUGACCUCUCAGCCUUCCAUGGGUGCCAUCUGCAUGGCUCUUGAACAGACCAAGCUCGGGACAGGCAUCCGCUAUGCCGAUAUCCAGGCUCUUAACUUGUACUGGAGCCAAGUCCGCAUGCUCUACAGCUGCUUCGAGGCCAACGUCCGCGCUUCGGAUUCUAGUGUCUUCGACCAUGAAAUGCCCGGGGGUCAAUACACUAACCUCAUGUUCCAAGCUUCUCAGUUGGGUCUCGGCACGCAGUGGACGGAAAUCAAACAGAAGUACAUCGAGGCCAAUGAACUGUGUGGCAGAAUUGUCAAGGUUACCCCUUCCUCCAAGGUCGUUGGUGACUUCGCCCAGUGGAUGACUUCCAAUGGUUUUUCAAAGAAGGAUGUUCUUGAACGCGCCGAGACUCUCGACUUCCCUUCCUCCGUGGUUGAGUUCUUCCAAGGCUACCUCGGUCAACCUACCGGUGGCUUCCCCGAGCCUCUUCGUACCGCCAUCAUCAGGAACAAGAAAAGGAUCGAUGGCCGCCCUGGUGCAAGCAUGGAGCCUCUGGACUUCAAGAAGAUCAAGGCUGAACUGCGCAGCAAGUUUGGCAAGCAUAUCACUGAUGCUGAUGUUACCUCCUAUGUUAUGUACCCGAAGGUGUUUGAGGAGUACCAGGGCUUCCUUGAGAAGUAUGGUGACCUUAGCGUCAUUCCCACGCGGUACUUCUUGGGUCGACCACUCACUGGAGAGGAGAUGCACAUCUCGAUUGAGCAAGGCAAGACUCUUAUCAUCCGCCUGAUGGCCGUUGGCCCCGUUGUGGAAGGUCGUGCGCAGCGUGAUGUGUGGUUCGAAGUCAACGGAGAGGUACGGGCGGUGUCUGUCGAGGACAAGAACUCCGCAGUGGAGACGAUUUCGCGGGAGAAGGCGUCUUCCGAGCCCGGUUCGAUUGGUGCGCCUAUGUCGGGUGUUGUUGUCGAGGUCCGCGUCAAGGAAGGCCAAGAGAUCAAGAAGGGAGACCCCGUCUGCGUGCUGAGCGCAAUGAAGAUGGAGUCCCUCGUUACCGCUCCGGUUUCUGGACACGUCAAACGUGUUGUCGUUGCCGAAGGCGACUCAAUCAAUCAAGGCGAUUUGACCGUGGAGAUUGUUCACUAG